AUGCCAAGCAUGCAAAAAGAGAAUUGGUAUCAAAACGAGGCAAUCAAGAAUCACCACUCACAAUCUAUGACAUCUAUGGAGUCCCUUUUCUCUGGAUUUCUGCAGCCCAAAGGCAUGCGUGUGCACCAACAGUCAGAGAUAUUCUCUGAUCUCUAUUAUGAUGAAAGGAUAAUGCCUGCUGUUCAGGCCAAGGUUGACAGUCUCGGAAAGCAGCUCACCUGA